CCUCACCAUCAAGCCCUACUGCAACUGGUGGUCUAUUUUUGUAAAGAAGCAGUUUGAGAAACAAGUUUCUAGAAAAUGUGCUGGAUGUUUGCCGUGUAUUUCUUCCUUCUUUCCCCUAGAUGCCCUGCCUCAAAUGCCAAUAGUAUCUUACAGGAACCAAAGGUUGCCACUGCUGAAGAAGAAGAAUCUGUCAAUAUCACCUGCAAUUUUAACCAUCCAAAUAUUCUGGGGCUGUAUUUGAGACGGAAGUUUGUAAAGGAUAUGGAGGUAUUUUAUUCUGCAGGUCACAGAAAAGACAAGAGGGUACAUUACGAAUACAAAGGGCGCAUUGAGUACUUUGAGCUGCAGAAUACAGUAAUAAUAAUGCUGCAGAAGUUGCAGCAGAAUGACAGUGAUAAGUAUAUCUGUGAUGGAGCUGUACUAAUAAACCAGAACCCUGUGCAAGUACAAGGACAUGGCACCAUUUUGGUAGUGACUGCUAAGAAGCUGAUAAAGUGUUCCUCAUCUUUCUGGAUGUGGUACGUCUUUCUUGUUGUGACGCUGCUCUUGGCCACUGCAUUGGGGUACUUUAUCCUUUCUCAUGUAGAUGCCAAGAAGUACUGCCAAAAGAAGAAAGGAAGGGAAGCACAGAAUAUGGUCUAUGAAGACAUGACUUACAGUUUGAGGCGCAACACUAUGGCCAAUCAGUAUGAGUGUUAGAAGUGAUCUCCAGCUCGCUGAAGUUUAUAUAGCUUUAAUGAUGCCUAACCCAUAGUUCUUGUGUCCAGCAAACUCGUUAUUGAAUUAUCAUUGUAUUAUUGUAUACAAUGAAUAGAACUGAAAUCUGUUACGAUUAAGAUUUUUAAAAAUUACAAUGCAUUUUUGGAACAUUUUUGCUGAACAUUUGGGGAAAUCUUGUUGUUUUGCCAGUGAAAUGAAAAUUACAAA